AGAGAAAACCCCAAAUUGGAGAGUAGAGGAGAGGAUUGAGAUCCGAAUAGUGCUUCUUACGGGCGGACGACUGGUUUCUUCAAUCGAGAAAGGGAACGAGAUCAAACCAAGGGGGGCUUCCUUGAAAUCGAAAGCCAUUAUACGGUGGUUAAUGGAUUCUUCUGAGGAUAGGGAGGCUGCUCAUUCAACAGUUGGUUUGAUGAGAGGAAUUUGGUGGAGCAUGGGCCGCAUUCUUCCAGAACAACUUUUGGACAUCAUCAAACCAAGGGUAACUUUGGAACAUUUAUAUCUCAAUGUAAUAUGUUGGAACUUUGAUCUUAUGUUCAAUUGGGUACAUAAUCUCCUUUAUAAGUAUUGGAGGACUUAAGCAUUGGGGACCUACUCUUCUAUCAUUAUCAUUGUUAUGAUUUUCCUGAUUGUAAAACUUUUAGGGUACUGGUAGGGGGAACUGCAUUAGAAGUUUAGAUAUUGCUUGUAGCCUUUUGGUCAAGUUUGCUGCUUGGUAGUUUCACUAACCUUUUUCAUAUGCUGGACUUACAGAAAUGCCUCCUAUGUUUUAAUCUCCCACUGGCAAAUGUCCUUGUUUCUUUUACAUAUGUACUAUGAGAAGUAAGUAGACUCUCUUUCUCUAUCUCCUAUGUUUCAAUCUCCCACUAACCUUUUUCAUAUGCUGGACUUACAGAAAUGCCUUCUAUGUUUUAAUCUUUCGUCGGUGACUGUCUUUAUCUCCCACUGGUUUGUCUUUGUUGCUUUUACCUAUGCACUAAGCGAAGUUUAG